AAUUGGCUCAAAUAUUUGUUUGUUUUCUCACCUCAGCGAUUCAAACGGAGUGAGAGAGAGAGAGAGAGAGAGAGAGAAGCAAUACAGAUAAUCAUAGGAUAGGAGAAAAGUAGAGAGAGAAGAAGAAGCAGCAACAAUGGGAAAAGAUCUGAGCGACGAGCAAGUAUCUUCCAUGAAAGAGGCAUUCACACUCUUCGACACCGACGGCGACGGCAAGAUCGCUCCGUCGGAGCUCGGCAUCCUGAUGCGCUCCCUCGGCGGAAACCCUACCCAAGCUCAGCUCAAAUCCAUCGUCGCCGAGGAGAAUCUCAACUCGCCCUUCGAUUUCCCUCGCUUCCUCGACCUCAUGUCCAAGCACCUCAAGCCCGAACCCUUCGAUCGCCAGCUUCGCGAUGCCUUCAAGGUCCUCGACAAGGACGGUGCCGGCUUCGUCGUCGUUUCCGAUCUCAGGCACAUCCUCACCAGUAUUGGAGAGAAGCUCGAUCCGGCUGAGUUCGACGAGUGGAUCCGCGAGGUCGAAGUCGGAUCCGAUGGAAAGAUCCGUUACGAGGAUUUCAUUGCCAGGAUGGUCGCCAAGUGAUUGUGCGAUUUUGAAGAAGAUGCUGUAAUUCUCAUGCAUGUGAAGAGAGAAGCCUAUAUUUUCUUUUCAAGUGACUAUUAUGCGGCGCUUCCAAAUUGCAUUUUCAUUUGCCAUCUUUAGUUUCAUUUUUUCAGCUUUAGUUUGUGUUGCUUUUAGUGAAUGAAUGAUUUGGGCUUCUCGUGUUUAUUCAUGAUAUUAUUCUGGAAUACAGCCUUCAUUCAGAAAUGCUUUGCAGCUCUGUUUUUGGGGUUUCUUUCAUC